CGCUGCCAAGUUAGGACCAGGGACCAAGAAACAGCUCCGAUAAUACAACUUUAUCUGCUGUCGAUCUUUUGGAAGUUGGUUUUGCGGACCAGAUAGACCAUGGUGGUCCCUCUUUUGAGCGCCCUCCUGGUGGCUCUUGUAGCCUCAUGUUGUGCUUCUUCACCCGAAGGCGCGAUACCAACGUUCAAUUUGGAAGAUGUCUCCCAAACGCAUGUCGCUGAUGGCAGCGUACGUCUGGCCGAUGGACCAACAGAACUGGAAGGUCGUGUAGAGAUCUUCUACAAUGGCUCAUGGUUUGCAGUUUGCGAUGGUAUCUGGCGUAUUGAAGAAGCCGAUGUGGUUUGUCGACAGCUAGGGUUUGAAGCAGCUAUUGCACCAAUAUGCUGUUCACGGUAUGGAUACACCGAUCUCCCAGCGAUCUUCAACCGCGUCGAGUGCGCUGGGUCGGAGGACAAUCUCCUCACAUGCCCGCAUACUGAGGCAGGCUUUGGUAACUGCCAGAGCUACAGUCACGCUGGCGUCGUAUGCAGAAGAGAACUGACACCUUGCCCUCUCCCGGUUGGACCAACCAUUGAUUGGGACGCUGCGUAUCAAUGUAUAAACCCUUACUACCAACAAUUCGUGAAUAACUACAGCCCUCAGGUUCCUGGGGAGGUCUCUCCUUUCCUCACUAUAGCAAACCUCAUCGAUGCUGUCGGAGCCGUUUGGGAUUCUGACAGCCUGGUCCAAGGCAUGGGCCACCUCUGCCGAUUGGUAGCGCCACGGCUGGCGGAUCCAGGUCCUGAUGUCUUCCGUGGGGUGUGCGACCCCGUGCUGACAGCUCUGUCCAAUGGAACUGAUCUAGACAGCGAGCAAAUAUGUAGAUUCGUCUACUCAAUUGCAAUGCCCAGACCUUACACCGGAGCGCCCUACACACCUGAUACCAGCAUUCCCUAUACACCAAGCACUGAAACUCCUCGGACACCAGGAGGAUCCUCCACUGAUUAUCCCAUCUCUUUUUCCUCCUUCACUCCAAUCAUUUGCUUCUUUUCCAGUGAGUACCUAUCCUACCUAGGCCCUCCUUUCGGUGUCGAUGCCUUUCGGAACUUAGACAUCGUCACUCUCCUGCCCCAAGCUGUCGAAAACGUGCUGAACAUCACCUCAUACGACGAGGACACUGUAUGCUCGGCUGUGGGUCACCUGACUAGCAGAGAAUACGCACCACGUGAUAUUGCCAUAGAUUUCAUGGCCGAACUAUUGGCAGACCUCUACCCAGCAGCUAAUGAGAUCUGCACAAAUUGGGACGACAUUAUCGAAACCAUUCUUUCAGAGUCCAGCAGCUACUUCUACAGCUUCGAUGUUGGAGUCAUGGUGGACGAAAUACCCGCCCUCAUUGCGCUUUUGACCGACUAUCCCGACAGGGAAACGCUUUGUCUUUCUAUCCGCACUGCGACUCUUCUUGGUGAAGACGCCGUGUAUGCUUCCGCAAGAUCAAUGGUUGAAAGUAUGCUGAAUGUUCUGACGACUCAGGAAAAAUGCGUUUCUCUAAUCGACAGUACUCUGACUGUUAUCACUGAUACUUCAGAUGAGAUUACUCUCGGUGAUUUAGAACAGUAUGAUCUUCCAUUUUACACGGGAUUCGAUGAUGUACAAGGGAUUUGCCAGUACCUAGAGACAUCUUUCGGUCCUAGAUACCCUCCACUUCAGGUCCGGCUUGUUGGUGGAGGGACCCCAAAUGAAGGUCGAGUCGAAGUACGAUACGCAGGCGAAUGGGGAACUGUCUGUGACGAUGAAUUCGACAAUGACGAUGCCAAAGUGGUGUGUCGGCAACUGGGUUACCGUGGUGAAGCCGUUAGUCUUGGAAACCAGACUCCCGGUACAGGUGAAAUCCUUCUGGACGAUGUCGGGUGCCUGGGAGUUGAGUCUAACCUCGGACAAUGCCCAAAUGCUGGGAUUACCGUCCAUAAUUGCGCUCACACUGAGGAUGUCAGCGUGACCUGCGGCUUUGAAGUGACACUUGGGCCAACGCUCUCUACGACAGACAUUUUACUUACCCGACUGGUUGGUGGCAGCACAGAGAACGAAGGACGUCUCGAAGUAUUCUACCAAGGCCAAUGGGGAACAGUCUGUGAUGAUCGGUGGACUGCGAGCGCUACGGAUGUUGCCUGUCGUUCUCUUGGCUUCCAGGGUGGCGAGGGCUUCUCCUGUUGCGCAGAGUACGGCAGAGGUAUGGGUCCAAUCGUCCUUGAUGACGUUAUCUGUACUGGGGAGGAAGAUAGCAUCGCGUCGUGCAGUCACAGUAGACCAUUAAUUCAUGACUGCAGGCAUUCGGAGGACGUCAGUAUCUCUUGUAUCCCAAAUGGUGGCGGCACAGGAGCUGUUCGUCUGGUUGGUGGAAGCAACGAAGCAGAGGGAAGGGUUGAAAUUCGGUAUAACGGAGUCUGGGGAACUAUCUGUGAUGACUCGUGGGAUAUCACCGAUGCCAGUGUUGUCUGCCGCAUGCUAGGAUUCCAGGGGGCUUCUGGUGCUCCAGGAUCAGCUCAAUUCGGACAAGGCACUGGUCCCAUCCAACUAGAUAACGUUGGCUGUUCAGGAGAUGAGGAAACUAUCUUUGACUGUGAACACCCUGGUUUUGGUGCUCACAAUUGUGGUCAUUAUGAAGAUGCCGGAGUAGUUUGCACUGCUUCAGCAGGUACAGAUGUACGUCUGGUUGGUGGAAGCAACGAAGCAGAGGGAAGGGUUGAAAUCCAGUAUAACGGAGUCUGGGGAACUAUCUGUGAUGACUCAUGGGGUAUCACCGAUGCCAAUGUUGUCUGUCGCAUGCUAGGAUUCCAGGGAGCUUCUGGAGCUCCAGGAUCAGCUCGAUUUGGACAAGGCACUGGUCCCAUUCAACUAGAUGACGUAGGCUGUACAGGAGCUGAGCAGACUAUCUUUGACUGUGCCCACCCUGCUUUUGGUGUUCACAAUUGUGCUCAUUAUGAAGAUGCCGGAGUAGUUUGCAUUCCUUCAGCAGCUGUUCGUCUGGUUGAUGGAAGCAAUGAAGCAGAGGGAAGAGUUGAAAUUCAGCAUAACGGAGUCUGGGGAACUAUCUGUGAUGACUCAUGGGGUAUCGAGGAUGCCGAUGUUGUCUGCCGCAUGCUAGGAUUCCAGGGGGCUUCUGGAGCUCCAGGAUCAGCUCGAUUCGGACAAGGCACUGGUCCCAUUCAACUAGAUGAAGUUGGCUGUACAGGAGAUGAGCAGACUAUCUUUGACUGUGCACACCCUGCUUUCGGUGUUCACGAUUGUUCUCAUUAUGAAGAUGCCGGAGUAGUUUGCGUUGAUACAUCAAACUGAAUCACUAGAACACUCGGCUCUCUCCUUCCGUUGUAACUGAUUGGUGGUGUGCAAGUGAACCACUGGGUUUUCCUCCUGUUCUUAUACAAAUAAUGCACUGGAGGCUUAACAUACAAAAGUGGUGACUCUUCCCUAAUCGGGGCCUCCAUUUACCGUCCGUCUUUAUCCAUAAGUAACAGUUUCAAGUCCCCUUUGACGAGAUUAAGUAAAACAGAACAAUUACUAAAAUUAAAACACAUUUAUGAUAGUAUGAAUAUGCCAAUGGCUCUUUUUUAUGUUCUGGUAGCAAACGUUUCAUACUAAUAGGUUUAUUCGUAUUUUGGUAUAUUAAGGGGAUUUAAUCUUUCGAAAUAAAAUAAUGUCGGGUUUAAUGGUUUUUAACUAAUUGUGAUGAGGGAUAAAUUCUCAUGUGUGGUGAUGGAUACAUUUCAUGAAACUCUUUGAACAUAUAUCUAGUUGGCUACGAGUAUGAAAUGUGCGAUUUCAUUUAGACCGAAACCGAUUAGAAAUAUCUCUUAUAGGAAAAUCAUAAAUUCAUGGCAAACUAUAGAAAAAGACCGAAUAAUCAGGGAAGCAUAAUGUUAACAAUUUGAAUGAAAUCGGAUAACAAACUAGAAAUGUCAGAUGUUUGAGAAAUGCUAUCACUACAUGUAUGGGCUCUACAAAGUGACUAAAUCGGUAUCGUUUAAGUAUAGUGGCGGACAACUUUCCUAUUUGUUUCAACACACAAGAAGACUCAUAUUUCAAUUCUUCGAAAAUGUAUGACUUAGAAUUGUCUUUUCUCUUUAUAGAACCAGUAAUAAUACACUGACAAAAUAACCUAUUUGAAAUCCUCAAAGCUGUAGUGAUAUCAUAUUGCAAACAAUCUUUACUUUCUUAUUAUUGGUCCGAUUUAUUUCAAACUUUCGCUAUUCUUUUCUCUCUGAUUUUUUCCGUUUGUAUUUCUAAUGAAUUUAUUCUAAGGGUUGGAUUGCCCUUUCGUGGUUGAUAUAAAUUAAUAAUUGUGUUUGUAGAUGUUUGCAAAUAUACGAAAUAAGGCCAAACCAUAUGUCCCCAUGUAUUUGACUAGAUCCUUGCCCUUUUAUUUGAAAUAUUGCAGUAUAAAAUUGACAUUAAAAUAAUGCUUUUCUCUCGAAUGUGGGUAACAUUUCAAACACAAAAUAUUAAUUAUUGCAAUAGGUAUUACAUCUGUUGGAUAUUUUUCUGUUAUUAACUUUAAGAUUCUUCGAUCUACAAUUUCAAACUAUUUAUAAUGAUGAUAAGACACACAUGGGUGUUGUUAAUCUCCAAUAUUAUAAGUAGAGUAUGACAGAUUCCAAUAUUCUAACUUGCAGUAUACAACAUCUAAUGGCAUUUUGGGCAAAUAUCUCAGUCAGUCCCUUCUUCGUUAUUUAAGAAUUUUAAUCUCAAUAUCUUGUAUCUUUCGGGUAUUUUUUACCCUUUUUAAAUUCUCAAUUAAGAGCAUAAUUUUACGUCAUUUACAGUCAUUACUUAUGUUUUUCAAAAAAAGGAAUGGAGAAGGUAGCUGUUGGGUAAAAUAUAACUUUGAGAAUUAUGAUGAUUUGUAUGAAAUGUAUUAAUUUUAUUUUACUUGUUUGCAUGAGUGAAGGAAUAAAAUUGUCAUGAAUCGGA